GUGGGUCAAACAAGAGGACGAGAGGAGUAAAAGCUCUCAUCUCGGGGACUCGGGACCUAAACUGGAUCUGGGCUUCAAAGAGGGUCAGACCAUCACGCUGAACAUCGGGCAAGGUAGAAAGAGGGAUAAACCCCGCCCACAAGGCUCAGGGGGCUUUGGACUCCUCCCACCACCGCCUGGAGGCAAGAUAGCCCCUCCCCCUUUGUCAGGCUCAUCCAAUCACAACACAGUUCCCCAAACAGGAGGAAUGGCAACCGGCUGCCUGUUGGAGCUGGACAGCAGUAACUCCAACACCGUGGUUCAGUCCAACGCCUGCUCGGAUCUUUGGGGAGAAUUCUCUGCACCCGCCAGUUCUGUUCCACCACAAUCGAGACCACAGGAUGGGGGAAACUGGAUGCAGUUUUGAUUGGUCGGCGGCGGCUGUGACAUCGUGUUUGACUUCCAUCUCAUACUGCUUCCUGUGUCUGUAGCUUCCUGUGCUUCACACCCAGAUUCACUCCUAACCAAUCCCAUCGCAGAGCUGUAGAGACGCCUCAUCACGUCGUGACUUCAUCCCGAGAGAAGGAGCCACUUCCUGUUCUGUUUAAGGGCUAAUGUGUGACUUCCUGUUCUGUGUGUCUGCACUGAGCUUCAGCUCUGAUCUGCUCUCUGUUUGUUAAUGCAGCAGCAGCUCCCUCUGCAGGCGCUGUGGGGUACUACAGCACAGGAACAAAAACCUGAUGUUGUGAAAUGUAAGACGCACAUCAAAGAAGAACAUCCUUAUAUUUAAUUUAUCCUUGAAUUGGCACUUACACAGACUUACUCUUUCUUUAUUGGCUCGCCUGUUUGACCUUAGAGAACACUUUCUGACACAUCGCUCACCUGAUGGUUUGAACAGCCGCACUCUGUGAAUGGUGGAGCAGCGCAGCCUCGUCCAUACGUCUUAAAAAUAUGUUUCUCUGCAAACUGCUACAAAUACAAAUAAGUGCAAAGAUAAUGUGCUUAAAAAUGUGAAUUCAAAACAGCAACAGCCACAGAUGUGCAUGGACUAAACAUAAAUAUAUCCACUCCUGAUGAUGUCUAGAUAACAUCUGGAGGACUGCUGCUGAUCUGUGGGGGGGGGUGUCUCCUGAGGUAAGACUUGAUGUAAAAAGAACGAUGUGGAAGCAGCAGAGUCCUCCAUAUGACUCUAUGAUGAGAAUGUGUCUUUGUAUCAAUGCUAGGUGUAGUUGAAGAGAAUCUCAAAGUGAAGUAAAGAGAGGAGAAGAACAUCCUGGAGAACAGGAAACAUGCAGCAGCAGGUUGAUUAGAGCACGGAGAUGGUAGAGGUGGCGUGCAGACAGUCUAUGGUCGUGCAGCGAUCACAGGGAAUAAAGGUCACCACCCCCUCCCACUGGCUCCUCCCACUGGCCCCUCCCACUGGCUCCAGGUGAAUUCUCCUGAUUAUAUCCUGCUGUGUUCUCACAUCAGCUCACUCUGACUUUCUGCAGAAUAAACACGAGGAGGCUGGAGGAGAAACUC